CAUAGUCUGUUGUCUAGAACGAGGCUAGCAGAAGUAGGCUGCGGACGCAUAGGUUUCUGUCUCUAACAGCUUUUGUACAGCUAACUUAACUGUAACUACUUACACCUACAAUUUUAACAUACGACUACUACAACGAAGAUGCGGUUGCACGUGAUUUUUUUGUUUGUUCAAGUGCUGAUCUUGACCUACUGCUUGGCCUUCACACUGCCAGUGGACGCCGGUCAGGAGUCAGUGGUUGCCCAUGACGACCAAACAAAGCUCGACGGACCUCUUCACCGCGCCUUGCGUCAUGCUUCUGAUAACCACCAUCGAAGAGGCCGUCAUCGCCACCACAAUCAUGUUGACGAUAGCGAGGAUGAUAGCGAUGAUGACAGUCAUGAUGAUAGUGAUAACAGCGAUGAUGAUAGUGAUGAAAACGACAUGUGGAGGAACCGUCACCGUGGACAUGGUCACCGUGGGCAUGGUCACCGUGGACAUGGUCAUCGGAUGAUGGGGGAGUACAUGAGAAAUCACAGGAUGAUGGGCGGUGCCAUGAUGGGUCGCCAUGGAAACGUUCUGUACGGCAGGUACCCCAAGAUAGUGUGGAGAGAGGAGAUGCCGGAAGGCCAGGAUCCUUCCCGAACUCGCAGGAGCGUGCGGCCUGACAUGAUGAAGAGCAAGGACGGCGUGAAGCCCCCGAUGGAGCCAGAAGACACCAGCAAGCUUAUCAAAGAUCAGCUCAAGAUGGACGAUCACAUGAAAAAUGAGGAAGCUAACAAACACAUGAAGGAUCACGAAGGUAUGAUGAAGAUGGAUGACAUGAACAAACAUAUGAAGGAUCACGAAGGUAUGAUGGACAUGGAUGACAUGAACAAACAUAUGAAGGAUCACGAAGGUAUGAUGGACAUGGAUGACAUGAACAAACAUAUGAAGGAUCACGAAGGUAUGAUGGACAUGGAUGACAUGAACAAGCACAUGAAGGAUCACGAAGGUAUGAUGGACAUGGAUGACAUGAACAAGCACAUGAAGGAUCACGAAGGUAUGAUGGACAUGGAUGACAUGAACAAACAUAUGAAGGAUCACGAAGGUAUGAUGGACAUGGAUGACAUGAACAAACAUAUGAAGGAUCACGAAGGUAUGAUGGACAUGGAUGACAUGAACAAACACAUGAAGGAUCACGGUGGGAUGAUGAAUAAGGACGAAAUGGAAAAAUUCAUGAAGGACCACGGUCACAUGAUGAACACAGAUGAAAUGAUGAAAUUCAUGAAUGAUAAGGAUCACAUGAUGAACACAGAUGAAAUGAUGAAAUACAUGAAGGAUAAUGGUCACAUGAUGGACACAGAUGAAAUGAUGAAAUACAUGAAGGAUAAUGGCCACAUGAUGGACACAGAUGAAAUGAUGAAGCACAUGAAGGAUAAGGGCCACAUGAUGGACACAGAUGAAAUGAUGAAAUACAUGAAGGAUAAGGGUCACAUGAUGGACACAGAUGAAAUGAUGAAAUACAUGAAGGAUAAGGAUCACAUGAUGGACACAGAUGAAAUGAUGAAAUUCAUGAAUGAUAAGGAUCACAUGAUGAACACAGAUGAAAUGAUGAAGCACAUGAAGGAUAAGGGCCACAUGGUGGACACAGAUGAAAUGAUGAAAUACAUGAAGGAUAAGGGUCACAUGAUGGACGCAGACGAAAUGAUGAAGGAUCAUGGAAACAUGAUGAAAACAGAACAGAUGAAACAUCAUGGUCAUACGAUAGACGCAGACGACAUGACCAAACAUAUGAAGGAUCACGGUCAAACGAUGCCUGUAGAUGAGAAGCAAAAGAAGGAUUACCAGGAUCCUGCAAUAACAAAGAAAAAAGACACGAAAACCCCCAAAAUGAGCCACCAGAUGAAAGACAACAAACACGUGACCUCUGGGGCCAAGAAACCAGACGGCGCCAGUGUAUUUGUCCCAGCUCCCCCUGCCGACACACCUCCGCGGGAAAAAGCCCCCCUCUCCGACAAGAAGAAAGGGAAAGAGACUAAGAAGAAGGCACGAGACACGACAAGAGGUUAAAGGUGGCAAGAUGGUUCACUACUAGUUCCAGGAAAUCCGGUGGUUAACGGACCUUCAGCAACGACCCUCGCCUGCUCUAUGACCACCAUCACCAACACACCACUACUACUAUCUUUUAUGCUGCGUCGGCUUGUAUGACAAGACUUCCACUGACAGAUGGACUUUAUUAUUAUUGUUAUUACAAAUACUGAUUUACUUCUGUUGCUGAUACUGCUCCUGUAACUACUGUGCUGUCACUGAGUUGCUGCUGUUGCCUACAAACACUUACAUAUUCCAAACAGAGAUUUUAGUUAAGUUCCUUGGCUCAUUGAAUUAUCGAAAUCACUAGUGACAGUCAGGACUGAAGAUUAUCAAUAAUGUGUUUAUGACUACAAUAAUGAAGGCAACAUAAAGAGG